CCUUUGCCAGCUUCGUCGGCGGUGCAGCUGGCGGCUUCUUCCCAGCCCCCGCCCGGGGCUCUGCCUCUGUCUCCUUCGCAUGUUCUGUCUCCUUCACCUGUUUCCUGGUUCACCCUCUUCCUGUUCGGCGAGGGAGGCGCCUUGGCCUUGCUGCGGCUCCAGCCCGCGGCUGUCCGGACACGCCCGAGGUGGAGCAGCGCCGCUGCGUGGGCCAGCAGCCCGUCACCGCGGCGUCGGGGCUCCUUCCGUGUCACAUCGCUGGCGGCUCCCAAGGCCCCGGUUCCCGGCACUUUACGGGCUCACGCCUCUGGUGUGGGGCAGGUUUCUAUGAAAUCUGUAUUGGAUCGGACCCACCCCCGGCUACGGGGCUGCUAGAUUUCCUGCAGAUGGCGGGUUCCCUGUGUCUCGCCGCGCUCCUCCUGGCGGCUCUGCCGACCCCCUACGCCAGCCCGCUCUCCUCCGGCUCCUCCCUGCGCUUCAUCGCCCUGGGGGACUGGGGCGGGGUGCCCAACCCCCCCUUCCACACGGCGCGCGAGGUGGCCACAGCCAAGGAGAUGGGCCGCACGGUGGCAGCGCUGGGCGCGGACUUUAUCCUGUCCCUCGGCGACAACUUCUACUACAACGGGGUGCGGGACGUCGACGACAAGAGGUUCCAGGACACCUUUGAGGCCGUGUUCAGGGCGCAGGCGCUGCGCAAGGUGCCGUGGUACGUGCUGGCCGGGAACCACGACCACUCGGGGAACGUCUCGGCUCAGAUCGCCUACAGCAAGGUCUCCAAGCGCUGGAACUUCCCCAGCUAUUACUACAGCUUGAAGUUCAAGGUUCCCCGGAGCAACGCCACCGUGGCCCUGCUCAUGAUCGACACCGUCACCCUGUGCGGGAACUCGGACGACUUCCAGAGCCAGCAGCCCCAGCAGCCCCGGGACGCGGGGCUGGCCCGCAGCCAGCUGGCCUGGCUCCGCAAGCAGAUGGCUGCCUCCCAGGACGACUACCUGCUGGUGGCCGGCCACUACCCGGUGUGGUCGGUGGCCGAGCACGGCCCCACCCACUGCCUGGUGAAGCACCUGCAGCCGCUGCUGCUCAAGUACCAGGCCACUGCCUACCUGUGCGGCCACGAUCACAACCUGCAGUACCUGCAGGACAAGGCUGGCGUUGGCUACGUGCUGAGCGGGGCUGGCAACUUCGUGGAGAACUCGCGGAAGCACUAUCACAAGGUGCCCGAGGGCUACCUGCGCUUCUUCUACGCCGAGCCGGCCUCCCUGGGCGGCUUCGCCUACGUGGAGAUCGACGGCAAGGAGCUGAGCGUCACCUACAUUGAGGCCAGCGGGAAGUCCCUGUACAAGACCUCCCUGCCCCGGAGGAGCCGCCGCUGAGACCCCUCCCUGCGCAGGAAGUGGGGUCAGAGCCCCCUCGCUCGUUUGGGGCUGAGGGAGUUGCUGCGAGCGGCACCGAAGCUGAUUUUUAAGGCUCCUGCGUCUGAUCCCUGGGGGAAUCCUCCCCUUGCCCUCUGUAGCCCCGUGUGCCGCCCUAGGCUUUGCAAACACCUCCUGCCCUGCACCCACUAGCUGGCUGGAGAAGCCCCCCCAAUUCAUUGUCUGAUCCCCUGUUCCCUCCUCACUAGAUCACUCCGGCCCCCUUGGACCCCCCCGAGAUCCGGGUUUGACUCCUGGCUGUGCCAGACUCCCCUGAGUGACCUUGUCUUCCUCUUUAGGCACCAGCUAACGGCCCUUUCACGCUCCCCCCUCUGCCUGCCGAGGCUGUAAAUUCCUUGGGGAUCCCCUCUGUACAGCUCAUGUGCUGCUGCUGCAAUACCCCUCCCUGACCACCAGGGCGCUCAGGAGAGCUAUUCCCUGCCCCGCCACCUGGGGGCGCUGUGACCUUCCUCCCCCUUCUCGUCUCGGAGCCACCUGCUGUGGCUGGGAAGCUGAUUAUUCUUUUUUUCUGUUGCUGACCCAUAAACUGAGACGAGGACUCGGUACUGCCCAAACCUGAGCUCGUGCUGGUGUUUGCGUUUUCUGAGACGAUUGUUUUUAACCCUCAUAUACGGACCGGUCCUGUGUGCUUCCUCCCCGCCCACCGUUAACAAGGGGCGGGCGUGUGACCCCAUGUGUCUGUCCAAGACUUUUAAGCUCUGGAGAAACGUCUUCUCUCCCCUCUGCAGCAUUGCACCUGCGAGCUGCUGCUCCCUGAAGCUGCUUCAAAGGGAACAGACUCUUCGAAGUGAUUUUCUUGGGACUAUUUUCAAUAAAUUAUAUUUUAAAAAG